AUGAUACGCACUGUCCCGGAAAACAAAGCCCCGUAUCGCUUCAACUUUGGCCCAUGGUGCGGCUCCACAAUUGAGGAUCUUGUGUACUAUGGGCCACAACAGUAUGCUGGGAAGAGGUAUCUACUCACCUUUAUCUUGACCGAGAAGUUCGACUUGAAAAGUAAAGUCGACCUCAUCACGGCUUUUCGCUCGCUCGGUAUUUCGUUCUAUCAGGAUUUGUUUUGCGUCGGACAGAAGAUAACAGAGCGAGGAUUUACAAGGACAUGGAGACACGGCUCACACUACUACUCCCAGCAGUGGGAAGAAGAUAGGGCAGUGCUUUUAUCGUGCGACGAGACGCAAUAUAAUCAGUUCAUUCAUGUGUCUGGACCCCGGCCUUCGGAUUGGGACAGAGCGGAAAAUGCUACGUUCGGUGGCGGUCAAAGAAGGCCUAAUGUCACUCUCGACGCAGCCGCAUUCAACGAAACGAUUUUCAGUGAUCUGGAUGAGGUUGAGCGAAAGGAAUUGGCGCGAUUCCCGGUGCACAUCUCUUUCCACGGCAUGCCCAUCAGGUUGGAGCGGCUGUUUAUCGACGAUCCGGAAAAGAAAGCCACAUAUCUUACUAUAGCGCCACUUGGCUUCGAUGGCUCUUCCGGUGGACAGGACAUCUAUUUAACGAUGCGUCUCAACGAACAGGGUCAAGACGAAGAUUGCGCAGAGAAACUUCUGGGAAUACCCCAUCACUUCUUCGGCGCCUACGUUAAUAGCGAGACGGAGGAUCUUGUGUGUGCGAAGAUCAAGCCUAUUCAAGCGAGCGACAUCGAGGGCGGAUUUCGUUUCGAAGCCCAUGGUAACGUCGUGCCAUCGAAAGAGGAGCCUACCCGCAUCGAGUUAGAUUGGGGAAAUUACUCGAUGAUUCGAAAGUAUGGGUCGAUCGAGAGUCUUCAUUUGGAAUACUCAGAAGAAGGACAGGGUCUUCCAGAUAGUCCAUGCCAUAUUCGGGGUGUGAUUACGCUACGCGACAACCAGAAGUUCAAGUGGAAGGAGGAGCGUCUCGAGGAUGCGGUAUGGAGGUGCUGUGCUUUCGAACUCGAGAGAACGAGAUGA